UUAUAGUGCGCGUCUGAACUGAACUAAUUUGAAACACGUUUAAUGGCUUCCAGUAGAACCUGUUUUUCUACGUUAGAUUUUUAUUUGCACGUACAAUCUUUUAUAAGCUAAUGGGUCACAUUUAGAGUGUUGUCUCUGUCCCAUACUGAUGAGUUUGACUCUGGGGCAUUGGAGAAGUUUAUAAGUUUAUACACACGUGUCAAUACUGAUCUACUCUACAGCAGCCAGCAUGGCCUGCACACCAUUUAUUCUUGACGGUGGAAUAUCAACAGAGUUGGAGGAAAGAGGAUUUCACAUUCAGGGAGAUCCUUUAUGGAGUGCAAGAAUUUUGUAUACAAAUCCAAAUGCUGUUAAGGAUGCACAUUACAGCUUUCUUCAGAGUGGAUCUGAUGUAAUCACAACAGCCACAUACCAAGCUAGUAUUGAAGGAUUCACUAAGCAUCUUGGUUUUAAACCUGAGGAGGCUGAGGACCUAAUGAUGUCAGGGGUCCGAUUAGCUAGAGAGUCAGUAGCAGACUUCAUGGCCAGCACCUGUUUUACAGCAGACAGAAAAGUGCCUUUGGUGGCAGGUUCAAUUGGACCUUUCGGGGCUUUUUUGCAUGACGGUUCAGAGUACACAGGAGUCUAUGCAAGCAGCAUGAGUGUAGAGGAGCUGAAGAAUUGGCAUCGGCCACAGAUUCGCUGCUUAGUGGCUGCAGGAGUUGAUCUACUUGCAUUGGAGACCAUACCGAGUCUUAAGGAGGCAGAAGCCUUGGUGGAGCUGCUGAGGGAGUUUCCUGAUGCUAAAGCCUGGCUCUCCUUUUCCUGCAAGGAUACCCAGAGUAUUUCGGAUGGUAACGCGUUUGCCAAGGCUGUUCAGGUGACCAGUAACUCCCCUCAGCUGGUGGCUGUUGGGGUAAACUGUUCUCCACCUGCUCUAGUGAAACCUCUUCUCGAAUCAGCCAAGUCACACAAGGCACCCGACAUGAACUGGGUGGUCUAUCCGAACAGUGGAGAAGGCUGGGAUCAUAUCACAGGAUGGAGAAGAGACAAAACGAUUCCAUUUACAGAGCUAAGUGUCGAGUGGAAAGAACAAGGAGCUUUGUGGAUUGGAGGCUGUUGCCGUAUCAGUCCUGCUGACAUUGCACAGUUAAAAAGUCGUUUAACCCAGCCACAAAAGUCACAAAGUUAAGACCCCCCCCCCACACACACACACACCAUCAUCAUCAUCACCACCACCACAUUGAUCAGUGGACCACUAUUUUUUACAAGAAAUUGUAUAAAUAUUUAUUAAGAAAUAAAAGUGACCACCUAU